GGACAGGGAGCGGGAGCGGGAUCGGGAUAAACAGGGAACGCGUCUCUGCGGCCCGGCUGUGCUUGCCGCUGUGAGACAUCCCGCCUCUCCUCCCGCAGCUGCUCUGCACACGGGCUCUGCUCUGGAAACUGAGUCCCCGCACAGCGCGCCAUGGGUUUGGAAGUUUAGCGGGCACUGAGUAAACGGAAAGGGGAGUUUUGUUAGUAAUACGCCUUUGCUGGUGCAGCUAAGGUCUUGAUUUUAAAGAUCUCGGCUUCUUGAAGCUGAUGGAUUCACUUUCUGAAGCGAUUAGUUCGUAUCUUGUGACCUGUGGGWUCUGCAGAGUAGCUCUGUCCUCCUGAGGUCUCUGCUCUGCAGUGCCUUUCUAGAGCAGAAGUAUUGUUGAGAUAACCGUGGCUAUUAAGAAUCCAUUUUCCUCAGGGGCUUCAGGUAUCUACCAUUGAAGACUGUGACUGACCACAUCAAUGAGUUGCUGAUUCUCUUGGCUAUUCCUUCAUUCUUCAUGAAACUUUGAUAAAGCAACUAUGCCUGUUCAAUUGCUGAAGCUCAUUAAAGGACAAUCUGAGGCUCCACUACCAAGCCAUUUGCAGAGGGAGAGUUUGCAACAUUUGCAAGAAGGAUGUGACCAUACCAACAAAUACAUUCAGGGAAUAGUUACUCUUUCAUACCCAUUAACCAAACUCGGAGAUGGAACAGACUUUUUCAAGAUUGUUCUUCAAGAUUCUGAAAAUUUGCGUUCUCGGAUCAACAGCAUCAAUAUUUUAAUAUAUGGAAAAAUGGCAAAGGACUGUGCAAGAAUUAUAUGCCAUGGGGAAAUCUUCAUAGUUGCAGGAUUUAAGGUGAUAAAAUUGCCUGAAGUGACAGAGGAUGGUAGACAUGGUUGUCAGUUGGAAGUGUCUGAAGAAGCUGGAUCAGCCAUUUAUAUUUAUACUCAACCAGGAGCAACUGCUGCUUCAGAAACUGCAUCGGCGUCUAUUGUGCCAAAAUAUGUGUACACUCCCCUGAAUCAUCUUAAAGAUGGAACUAUAGUGAACUUCUAUGGCGUUGUGAAGUUCUUCAAGCCUCCUUAUGUUAGCAAAGGAACUGAUUAUUGCUCAGUUGUAACACUUGUGGACCCAUCAGAAGUGAAGUUAACGUGCACUCUUUUUAAUGGAAAUCUAGAUUCUCUACCAAAAAUUUACAAAGUUGGAGAUAUUGUUCGAUUUCAUAGAAUAAAGAUCAGGAAAUACAAUGGACAGAUGCAGGGAGUUACCAGUGCAGGAUUUUCAUCCUUAACAUUUGAUGGAACUGUAGGAGCUCCAGUAGUUCCUCGAACUUCCAGCAAAGUGUACACUUUCAUGGAUGAAGAACAGAAAACAAUAGAAGAAUUACGUCUUUGGGCAGCCAGUAAUAUUUCCACCUCUGAACCAGCAGCAAAAUUGUCUGGUGUUCAGCCAAUGGUGUUCUUUGAUCUCACUUGCCAGCUGGUAGGAAAAGCAAAAGUGGAUGGAUCUUCUUUUCUUCUAAAGGUCUGGGAUGGCACAAAAUGUCCCUACCCCACAUGGAAGGUACCUGUGGAAGAAAAAUACCUGGAAGGAGAAAAACUUCGUCUUUAUCAUCUGAGAAAUCUAACAGUGGACAUUCUGGUCUAUGAUAAUCACGUACAACUGGCAGAAUCACUUACGAUUGGAAGUUUUCUGAGAAUUUACGGUAUUCAUACGAAACAAGCAAGUGCUGUCAGUGAAGAUGUCUCACAUAUACAAUUUCAUCUUCAUGGUGGCACCUGUUACGGUCGAGGAAUAGGAGUCUUGCCAGAAAGUAACCCAGAUGUUCAGGAACUAAAAGAGUUCUUAGAAUCUGUGGAUCUGUUAGGCAGUCAGAGUAAUGAAAGCAUGUGUUCAAUGGAAUUAGAUGGCCCUUUUGGCAACAUUACAGAUCUYGAAUUGCACAUACAGAGAUGCCAGCAGUUAUCUGUUACAGUUUUAACAGAUCAUCAGCAUUUGAGUAACACAGACCUGAAAACCAUAACAAACAGCACAGCUCCUCAACAAUUUCGCAUUAGAGCAAAGCUGAGAACUUACAAACCCCAGAAGCUCCAUCAGUCUGUUAAACUUUAUUGUUCCAAAUGCAACUCUUUGCAAGAAGUUCCAAAUAGAGAUGAUUUUAAAUUCAUUUUACGUGGCUCUGCUGCUACUGCCCCAAACCCAGAAUUACACAACACAUUGUGGUAUGAAUCUGUAGUGUGGACUACGCGAGGCCAGAAGCCAAGGGAAAUAGCCAUCCAUUUUGUGAAGCACGAUGAAAUGCUUCAAUAUCCUGAAGACACCUUGCUUAUGAUAGAAGGUGGAACACUCAAAGAAAUCUGGAAGCUUACAAAAAGAUUUAAGUGUGUUAUUCYUGUGAGAUCCACUGAAGAUGAUCUUGAAUUAUUAGAUCUUUCAGCUCCUUUUCUUCUACAAGGGAAAAUAAAAUAUUAUGGGUGCAAGCAGUGUUCAACUCCAAAGCCUAUGAGGUGUCUAAGUUCCAUGGCAGCAGAAGAGCAACCGUCAUGGGAACCAGCUGAAAUAGCACAAGUUUUAGGUAUUGAACUUCUUCAGUAUGUUGUUAUUAUGAAGUUUACACUGGUUGAUGAAACAGGAUCACUAAAUGCAUACAUUUUUGAUUAUGAGAGGUUUUUCCAAGUUCCUGCCUCUGAAGUCUUAACCAACCAGUUUCUUCAGGAAAAGAUGCAGAUGACCAUGAAUUCACUCUGUCCUCCAGGAAGAAGAUUAGGUGACUUGCCAUGGCUGGAAUGCUUCAUCAGGUCCUAUAAUGUCAGAAAUUCAACGAAAAAUCAAGUUUAUUACCAAAUUUUUGACACUACAAUUGCUGAAGAUGUUGUAUAGUCAUGUGUUGCUGAUUGUAAGUAAUCAGUAAGAAUCAAUUUUUGUGGGGGUAUCAGAGACUGUAUUAAAAAAAACAACUUUGUUCCUUUCUUAGGAAUUCAACCUGUAUGUAUGAACUUUUAGUUUGUGUGUGAAUGUGAAUUAUACUUUGAUAUAUUUGCUAUYUUCCUGGCAUACAACUUUGUGUUCUGAGGGCAAGUGGAGCUUUUCACUGGAAACUGCUUGGGUUGGGUUGAUGGAAGCAAUCUACUAUCCAUCUAUCCUUCAAAAAGGCRGUGAUGAGGGUACCCUAAACUGGUGAACUUGACUCAGAAAAAUGUCUGGAUGAUGCUGUGUGUUUAUUUGGAUAGUAAAUUAUAUCAGCAGAGGUAGGGAAAAGAAGCUCUUCAGUAAACUCAGACUAUUUUGUGCAAGCUAAUAUUACUGUUCUCAGACAGUUUUACAGGGAGGUUGGUUUUUAGAAGCUUUUUUGKACUGAUUAUGUACAUUUAGACAGAACUCCUGUUAGUAAUACUCAGGUAACUGCUGCAUGUACCAUCACUGUAGAUUCUGAUGGCAUUGUGAACAUUUCCAUGUAAUGAUUAUCACUAAAAUUAAAGUCAAGCCAUGAAAGUAAGGGAGUGUAAAAUUAUAAAAUGAAUAUUGACAUUUGGUAGAUGGUAAUGAUUCUUGGGUGGACCUGCUGGGUACCAGAGUUGUUAUAGUGCUUAUUAGCUGGGUCUGUGUUUUCAAAGGCUCUCUGAAUGGAUCUGGCUCCAUCAGAUUACACUGCCUUGAUCUGCCUUUUCUGUCUUACAUAAUCAGAUUGGGUGGCUAAAUUUAGAGAUACAGAACUGAUCUGGUGCUAUCAUGGACUAAAAAUUCUUCUGGUCUAGAAAAUUACUUGGCGGUUUUACUUUGCAUGCAGAAGUUUUCAGGACAUGUUUCUCUAAGGAUAAUUAAUGUAGAAAUCCAUGUCAAAUCAAAUGCUUUCCAUCAGAGCAAAAUUACAUAGUAUUUACAGCAGCUGUUUUUAAAGAAGUUCAGARGCAAGAUGGAAUAUUUGUCAGUAGAUUAUUAUUUUGAUAAUAGAUGACAUUUGAUAUUUUUUUCAUUUUUCAGGGUUGUUUAGUAGAUUAUGCAAUUUGUCAUUUAAAAUUGCAUCAAAUAUCCUCUGUUAUUUUUUGUAUUGUAAAAAAUUAUACUGGGUUUAUAUGUCAUAAGCCAGGAUAUUGUUCUUUAUUGAUUAAUGUAUAGGGACGGCCAAUAUUAACAAUGAUGAAUUUCCUUUAAAAAUUCUGAAAAAUCAAACAACUUUGAAAUGGAACCAGCAGUUUAUCAAAGAGUCUGCUAAUUAUGACAGUUAUCUUGAAUAUUUGCAUAAAUACCUCAACAAGAAAUAGACAUAACAAAUGAAUAUUAUAUAAUUCUAGACACUGGCCAUAUCCAAAUGUUUUCACAAAUUAGAGGUGAAGUUGAAGGCGAUCUUUUUCCUUUUUUUGUAUAGAGUGUAUGAAAAUAUGAAUUUUUAUUUUUAGGUUUUUUGGUCAACUUUGAAAGAUAUUGCUAUUGUACAUUUUUUCCAAAUAAAUCUUUGUGAAAUAAUAAAUGGGAAGAGUUUGUUAACUUCAGUGUAAAAUCAAUAAAUUUCACCACAUGCCUUGUCUGAGAUCCCUGCCUAAAACUCUACAUAUGCAUCACAUUAUUUUUUCACUAUUGAAUAUCGUAUUAAAAUUUUUAAUAAAGAUUUCUCC